UAUAGUGCUGUUCACAAGUAGAAAAUGUUACUGUUGACCGUAGAAUUAUGGCUUAUUUCAGCUGGAUUAUUUACAGUAGUGUUAGGAAUAAACGACCAAAAACGGCUUCUUCUAAAUGACCCAGAUGUUAUCCAGAACAGACUUAACCAAAUGGAAUCAAAAUUACAGGACAUUAUGGUAGAGCUUAAUGAAGGAAAACAGAAAGUGGAACAAUUGACAACUCAGUUAAAUCACCAAUCAACUUUGAUAUCAGAUGGAAAGUCAACCUACAUCAGAUGGGGAAGCCAUUCUUGUAAUACUAAUGCAACACUCAUUUAUUCAGGUCAGCUUGGAGGCACAUCUUAUGCAUCGACAGGUGGUGCUGCAAAUCCUCUAUGUAUGGUUCAUGACGUCAUCUGGGGCAGCCAUCAAAGUGAAGGCAAUAUGGCAGAGAUUCAUGGUGCAGAAUACCAGGAUCAUUUCUGGGGUCCUAAUACCGGGGAUAAAGACGUUCCCUGCGCUGUAUGCAAGCCUAAUACUCACUCAAGUGUUCUAAUGAUUCCUGGAAGAAAUCAAUGCCUUCCUGGUUGGACUGAAGAGUAUCAUGGUUAUUUGUCUGCUAAUUUAGUGUCACAUCCCCACACUCAACAUUACAUUUGCGUGGAUGAAAAAGUGGAAUUUCUAGAUGGAGGAACAGAAAGUAAAAAUGGCUAUCUACUGUAUGGCGUGCGAGCCCAGUGUGGUAGUUUGAAAUGUCCACCUUACAUCAGAAAUUGA